UCUUAGCAUGGACCUUCUGACAUUUGAUUAGUACUCACUCUAGAUCGAGGUUUCUGUAGUCCCAUAGCACCACCAUUUCCUCCUAGAAAAACAGAAACCGUCAAUUUUCUGUCUCCUAUCUCUUUUCAUCAAGUCCCACAAUCACUAUAACCUUGAUUCCUCCGUCUCUCUGUCUCACAAGCAUCAGAAAAAAUGAGGUCCAAGCCUCAAUGUGGCAUUAAUCUCAAGCUCAUUGUCCUCUUCUGCUCCUUUCUCCUCCUCUUCCUUAUCUUAAUACUCAGAUCAAACCUCUCAUCUCCUCUGAAAACCCCAUCUUCAUCAUCCACCACGAUCUCAGAAACCCACCUUUCAAAUUCAACUACUGAUCAACCUCAAGUCCCAAAAUGCCCAUCACUGGAAGUACCCUUCAUUCCCACAUGCACAAAAACCCCACCUUCAUUAGCCAACGCCCUCAUCCACUACGCCACCACAAACAUCACCCCACAGCAAACCUUCAAAGAAAUAUCAGUAUCAGCAAGGAUCUUAGCCAAGAAGGCGCCCUGCAACUUCCUCGUCUUCGGCUUAGGCCUCGACAGCCUCAUGUGGGCAGCUCUCAAUCACGGCGGCCGCACCGUUUUCCUAGAAGAGGACCAGUCCUGGAUCGACCAGAUCAAAGAACGACUACCCAACUUGGAAUCCUACCACGUCGUGUACGACACCAAAGUUCAUGAAGCUGAGAAGCUCUUCGAGCAUGGCACGAAGGAAGAGUGCAAGACUGUGAGCGAUCCAAGGUUUUCCAAGUGCCCAUUGGCGCUGAAGAACUUGCCGGGAGAUGUGUACGACAUGGAAUGGGAUUUGAUCAUGGUGGAUGCGCCUACAGGGUACUUUGAUGGAGCUCCCGGUCGGAUGAGUGCUAUAUACACGGCGGGUUUGAUGGGGAGGAACAGAGAGGAGGGUGAGACUGAUGUGUUUGUUCAUGAUGUAGAUAGAGUGGUCGAGGAUAAAUUUUCCAAGGCGUUUCUUUGAGAAGGGUAUUUGAGAGAACAAGAGGGGAGGAUUAGGCAUUUUACGAUUCCGAGUCACAGAACUCGUCUCGGCAGACCAUUUUGCCCGUAAAUUAUAGCAUGCAGCAAUAUCGAUCGAUCUUCUUCCUUUCAUGUCUUCUCUUGCUCUUUCUCUAUGAGCAGAUAAUUUUCUGGAGAUUAUAUUUUUUUACUAUGUAUUAAUUUUGAUGGAAAUUCAGAUUAUUAAUUAAUCUACUUUAUAAAGUUGGUGUGGUAUCUGCUUGA